ACUUCGACUCAAUCAACCAUGUCGGUACACAGCAAGGAGUGGAGCAGAGAUUCGUGGAAGUCGAUGCCAAUUCAUGAGCAGGGUAUUGCAUACCCAGACAUGGCCCAUCUCAAUCACGUGCUUCAACGACUCGCCGAACUCCCUCCACUCGUCUCGCCCGCCUCCAUUGAGAGUGCCCGCGAGCAGCAUGCAGCAGCAGCUCGAGGCGAAGCGUUUCUUCUCGUCGGUGGAGACUGUGCAGAGAGCUUCGACGACAUCAAAACGGACAUCAUCAGCCAGAAAGUGUCGCUUUUGGCCAACCAAGCCAACCAUAUUGAAGCAGUGACGGGACUCCCGGUUCACGUGACUGGCCGCAUGGCAGGACAGUACUCGAAACCACGAUCGCAGCUUAUUGAAACGCUCGCAGAUGGUCGUCGAGUCAGCGCUUUCCGUGGCCACAAUAUCAAUGGGCCUGAUAUCGCUGAUCGAGAGCCGGAUCCGCAGAGGCUUUUGCCUGGGUACUGGCACUCGGUGGCGAUCAUGCAUGUGCUAUCCACAGCGGAAAAAGUUCAUACUGCCCACGAAGCUUUGCAUUUGCCGAUGGAAGCCGCCCUGACCAAAGAUCGCUCCAACACUUCAGCGACUUUCCUUUGGGUUGGCGAGCGGACACGACAGCUCGAUGGUGCCCAUCUCGAGUAUGUGCGUGGUCUACGUAACCCAAUAGGGGUGAAGAUUGGUCCUUCUACAUCUCCCGCAGACCUUCUCAACACACUUGGGAGGCUUUGCUACGACCGAGAGGGAGAAGAAGGUCGCGUAACCAUCAUCACCCGCUUUGGAGCUGAGAAAGUGGGUGCAGUCCUUCCAGCACUCGUAGAAGCUGUAAGAGCAUCACCUUUCCGUCCCGUGUGGAUGUGUGAUCCUUGCCAUGGGAACGGCUUCACCAAGAGCGGGGUGAAGACGAGGAAAACGACGACUCUGUUGAGCGAGGUAGCCCAGACUAUCCGUAUUCUUGACCGCUUCGGUGCUCAUCUUGGUGGUUUACAUCUCGAGCAGACGGGUGAAGAAGUGACAGAGUGCGUUGGCCCAGAGAGCCUAGUUAGCGACGACCUGGGGAAGCAUUAUACUUCACUAUGUGACCCGCGUCUAUCUGGCACGCAGGCUAUGUGGCUCGUGGAAAGGGUCGCAGAAAUUGUUGUGGAAAGUAGAGAUUCAAGGAACGAGUUAGAACAGGGGAAUCACGGCAUGUCUCUUUCACAAAAUACUCUCAUCUUCCACCAGAUCUCCACUUUCUUCGUCUCGUGGAUUCAAAUGGCCAAAAGUUUGUGGAGAAUUAGUAUUGAUAAGUGCUCAUUCAAAUCAAAGGGAGUUUAAGGUGGUAGAGGUCAGAUAUGAAAAGAUUUGGAUAGAAGCCGUGCAGCACUCGCUACAAGAAAUAGAAAACUUUCCACUUCUUCACACUCCUGGCCCAAGUAAAGAAAUAAAAGAAGCCAACAUUUGCCGCCGUGAACAGCACGAAGACAGCCCAAUAAGCCCAGAUGUUGUUUGCCAGCAUGCCACUAUUCAGAUUAAAGCCAUCCAAGUAUUGGUUGCCGUUGAUGUACUGGCAUACUUGGCACUCGUUGGUAGCUUCCGGGUUCGUCAGAUUAGCUUGCGUAAGACGAGCCCACGCCCCAGCGUAAUUGCCACAAGUCUGGCCGGGCGGUGGCGGAAACCUGAACAGGUCUUCGGAGUCGCAGAGUACGUGCUGGUUGGCAUUGACCGCGAUGAUGAGGCCUCCAAAGAGGUAAGUCAAAGGGUUGAGAUAAUAGACCUAGGGAAUUAAAUUAGACUUUCUUUUAUAGAGG